AUGCAGAAUUGGAGUAUAUCUACUAAUUUCCACCUUCAUAAAGGGGGUAGAAUAUUGGUAGCCUGGCUUGAUAGUAAUUUCAUCGUUGAUAUUUUGUAUGUGUCAGCGCAAUGUGUGCAUCUGUAUGUUAAGAAUGUGGCUAUGAAGAGGGACUUCACUAUCACGGUCGUUUAUGCUUUUAAUGACAAUGAGAGUAGGAAACCUUUGUGGAAUGACUUGUGUGAUUUGCAUAGGAGUGUGAAAGGUCCUUGGAUUGUUACUGGGGACUUCAACUCUCCUCUUUAUUUGGAGGACAGAAUUGGAAGAGAGGUCUCUCCUGCGGAGAUCAGAGACUUUCAGCAUGCCACUAUUAACUGUGAGGUGGUUGAUAUGAGCUCUAUUGGUCCGAGAUUUACAUGGAAUAACAAGCAAUAUGGUUCCAAAAGGGUGCUUAGCAAGUUGGAUAGAUGCCUUGUCAAUGCAGAUUGGGUCAGGGACUUCCCUAGUGCUUAUGCUCACUUCCAUCCAGAAGGAGCCUUUGAUCAUUGCCCUGUGGUUGUUCACUUGGAUAAUCAGAGAAUUGAAGGUAAGGCUGGGUUUAAAUUUCUUGAUUAUUGGGCAGAUCACCCCUUGUUUUAUAGAACAGUUGAGAAUGGUUGGAGUAGUGAUAUUCGAGGAGUGCCCAUGUAUAAGGUGGUUAAGAAGAUGAAACAGAUUAAAAAUGGUUUAAAAAGCUUGCAAAAGAGGUAUUUUGAUCAGAUAGAAGAACAAUUUAUGCAGGUUAACGCUGAGCUGAAUAGCAUCCAAGAGGUUAUGCACAAUUUUCCUGCUGAUCCCAUGGUUAGUCAAUAUGAGUAUGAGGUUGCUCAGAGAUACACUAUAACCAAGAAAGCUUAUGUUAGUUACUUGGCGCAAAGGGCAAAGGCGCAUUGGUUGAAAGCUGGAGAUGAAAACACCCAAUAUUUUCACAAGGGACUGCUGGAGCACAGAGAACUCCUGUGCAGCAAGAGAUUAUUGACAGAUAAAGAGAUCAAGCAGGCUAUGUUCUCCAUUCCUGGCACCAAGGCUCCUGGGCCGGAUGGGUAUAAUUCAACUUUUUUCACAAAAUCUUGGCAUAUCGUUGGCCUUGAGGUAUGUGAAGCUAUUAGAGAUUUCUUUGAACAUGGUAAGAUGCUAAAGGAAGUAAAUUGUACUAGGCUCACUGUAAUUCCUAAGGCUGAAGUUAGUCCUUCUUGGUCUAAUUUCUCCUAUUCAAUCUCGUUUCAUUCAAGGAAAGCUUAUGACUUUGUUCAAUGGGAUUUCCUCAAGGAAAUGUUAGAGAGUCUUCACUUUCCCGAUCAAUUUAUCUCUUGGAUUAUGGCAUGUGUCACUACUCCGUCUUUCACUUUGUUUGUUAAUGGGCAGAAUCAUGGCUUUUUCAAGGGGAAGCAGGGACUCAGACAGGGUGACCCUAUGUCUCCACUUUUGUUUGUUAUUUGCAUGGAGUACCUGUCUAGGCUGUUGCAUUAUGCUGGGAAUCAGGAAGGCUAUAAAUUCCACUAUAGGUGCUCCUCUCUGAAGUUAAAUCACCUGGUAUUUGCUGAUGAUUUGAUCUUGUUUUUUAGAGGAGAGAAAUAUUCUGUCAUGCUUAAUAUGAGAGCUCUUACCACUUUUGCUCAAGCCUCUGGUUUGGUUGCUAAUAACGGUAAAUCUGCUUUGUAUACUUGUAAUAUGAAUGAGGAGGUUAAGGAGGAAAUUCUUAGAUGCACUGGUUUUGUUGAGGAGAGUCUUCCUUUUAGAUACCUGGGAGUGAGAAUCAAUGCUAAGAAGAUGAGCGCUAAUGAUUGUGACUUCAUGGUGGAUAAAAUUGUUGCUAGGAUUAAAUCCUGGGGUGCUAGACACUUAUCUUAUGCUAGUAGGGCUCAGCUUGUCAAUACUGUUCUGCUUAAUCUCCAUAGCUACUGGGCCUCCAUGUUCUUCCUACCAAAGAAAGUUAUUGAUCAAGUUACAACUAUGUGUAGGAAUUUCUUGUGGUCAGGUGAACCCUUCUCUACUAAAAGUCCUCCCAUUGCAUGGGAUCUGGUUUGCAGACCUAAGAGAGAGGGUGGUCUGGGUUUUAAAGAGAGUCAUACUUGGAACAUUGCUAUGUUGGGGAAAUAUGUGUGGAGCAUUGCUUCUAAAGAGGAUAAUAUGUGGGUCAAAUGGGUGAAUCAUGUGUAUCUGAGAGGUAGAGAUUGGAAAAGUUACAGUGUUCCUCCAAGUGCAAGCUGGUAUUGGAAGUAA